CCACCAAGUGACACAUCACCCAACAAUAACGUACAAUAACAUGAAAAAUGCUACUUAAACUGGUUCAAAGACUAUUUUUCGAGUUUAGGUUCAAGCGGUUCAGUGUCACCAUAGCAACCGAGCCAAACUACUCCGCAUUACCAAGCGCAAGUGUUUGAUAUCUGCUUCUUUACACGCUUCACCAACGCCACAUGCUUUAUUUGUGUUUUUAUUUUCUCAUGACCUGAACACAAAGUGACAUUUGAAAAGGAGGAUUUCUAUCUUUAUCUGCAACCUAUUCAACAUGGCAUCUGACACAUCUCAUCCAGGUGAGGAGGAUGUGAAGGUUCGAAGGAAGAGGAAGGAGCAUGACGUGAGAAGGAAGAAGGUGUCGGCACCUGACAUCGAGGUGUUGACAUCAGCAGGUCAUCGAGCUCUGAAGGACGGGCAGAUUGAGGAAGCUCUGAGCUGGUUUAAAGAUGCACUAAAGAAUGCACAACAGCUUCAGGACUCUCGGGUCCUUCAGGCCUGCUCCUUUAACCUGGGAGCAGCCUAUGUGGAAGCUGGACAGCCUCAAAGAGCUCUGGAUUUUCUGCAGAAAGCUGCGCCAGGUCCAAAGGCCAAACGGAUCCCUGACCUCCAGUUCAAUCUUGCACUGGCCCACAAUGCACUGGGGCAGAGCCAAGCAGCUGCUGACUACUUCCUCCAAGCUGCUCACCUGUACAGGUCACAAGGAGCUGGUGGCAGCGAGGGGGACGCCUGCAUGGAAAUGGGCCACUGCUACACCAGAACCCAGGACUGGUCUCUGGCAGUUCAGGCUUUCCUGCGAGCAGCAGACAGUUACAAAGUGGCAGCCAUGCUGGAUUCAGCAGCUUCUGCCCUGAAAGAGGCUGGAAGUCAGAUGGUUCAGUCCGAGCAGUUCAGCUAUGAUGACAUCGUGAGCGUGCUGGCAGAGUGUCUCAGUCUGACCGACAACAUCAAAGACCCGAGAACGCUGAGUGAGCUGUACCUGUCAGUGGGUGUGUCCUACUGCUGGAUCAGAUGUUUCAAAGAGGCAGUGCAGUGUUUCCAGGCAGCUCUGGGCCCUGCAGCUCAGUGCCCCCCCCUGCUGGCCAAGGUGCUGCACAAUCUGGGGGCUGCUCUGAACUCUGUGGGCCAAUUCAAAUCUGCUGUCAGCUACCACCGCCUGGCUGCAGGACUCUACGGCUCUCAGGGUCACCGUGGCAACCAGGCUCGGUGUUUUAGCAACCUGGCAUUUGCCUACAGCCAGCUCAGUGAGGAGGAGGAGGCAGCAGAGAGCUUCAUCCAUGCACUGCAGGGGUUCAGAGACACAGAGGACCACCUGGCUCAGGUGCAGACAUGUGAGGCAUUAGCAGAAUGUUACCUAAACCAGAGGAAGCAGCACAAAGCCAUCCAGCUCUACAAAGAGGCUCUGAGCGUUCUGUCUCACUGCAAGGAUAAUACAGAUCAAGUUCGAGAUCGUCUAGUGGAGCAGUUGACUGCGGCCCUGCAGCAGAAUCUGCCAGUUAGCCUGCAGAGACCAUGUCCACAUAGACCACGCCCUCACAGGCCACACCCACAGAGCUCACCUGUUGGACUGCACAGCAGGAUGUCUGAAACCUCAAAGAGUCCAAGCAAACCGUCCGAUUGCCAACCAGCUGAGCAAAACAAGGAGGAGGCAGGGUCAAAGGAGGAACCCAAAGGUCAAUGGGAUGUGGGUGGAGCAAAUGAUGGAGCCGAAUUUAGGACCUCAGCACCUCAACUGCAAAGGUCAGGCCAGUCAGAUCAGCAGCAGCUCAGUGAACCACUGCUACCUCACACAACUAAUACAUCAGGUGAGGUGUGGUUGGACACGGAGGACCCCGUCUCCAACAGUCAAACCUUACUGGCCCCACCCAUCAUCAAAGGUGACAUCAUCAAGACGUCACAGUGGAGGUCUCGGUUCUGUUCUCUGAUGUAGAACCGAUGUUCCAUGAGUGUGGGUUCAGAUUUGUGUGUGUUGUCAUAUCAUGACUCAACCCAAACUUUAGAA